CGAGCUCUGUCCACUGGGCUGGUAGAGCACCUGGGGGGCAGCUGCUGCCCCCGGCUGUGCCCCGAGUGGGGCAUGGAACUGGCCGAGGCGGGCGGCUGAGCUCGGCAGCUCGACGGACUCUGGGAGAACGACCGCCUCUGGAGGGGUCGGGGUCCUUGACCGCUGAGAGGCGGGCGCCGGGGCAGCGAUGGGGCGGAGGCGUCCCCCCGGCUUGUCCGCGCUGCUGCUGCCACUGUUGCUGCUCUUCGGGGGAGCCCCCCGCGCCUGCCCGCAGGAGGACGCCCCCACCGACUGGAGGGCCACGCUUAAGACCAUCCGCAAUGGCGUGCACCGCAUAGACACGUACCUGAACGCGGCUCUGGACCUGCUGGGUGGCGAGGAUGGCCUGUGCCAGUACAAGUGCGCGGACGGAUCUAAGCCUGUCCCUCGAUAUGGAUAUAAACCCUCACCUCCCAAUGGAUGUGGCUCUCCGGUGUUUGGUGUUCAUCUUAACGUCGGCAUCCCUUCGGUAACAAGGUGCUGCAAUCAUCAUGACCGAUGCUACGAGACCUGUGGCAGCACCAAGAAUGACUGCGAUGAGCAGUUUCAUUAUUGCCUCUCCAAGAUCUGCCGAGAAGUACAGAAAACGCUGGGUCUGGCCCAGAAUGUGCAAGCGUGUGAAUCGGCGAUGGAGCUCUUAUUUGAUGGUGUUAUACACUUAGGCUGUAAGCCGUACCUGGACAGCCAGAGAGCCGCCUGUAAAUGCCGCUACGAAGAGAAAACUGACCUUUAAAGAGGCUUCUGACCUGCAGGUGAAGAGGAGCCUGCUACAGACAGAGCACCCGCAGGCCAGGGCCGGUGAAACCUGCUCUUUGUGGGUGGCUUUGAAAAGAACUAAAGGUUUGCUUUGCCAUUGAAACCUCAGCCGGAGGUGAGGCUCCGUGGUCCAGUAGGAGGAGCCCUGAAGGCAGAGCCACGAGGCACCAGCCAUCUGGGUGGCCGAGGGCAAGUUCCCUCUCCUUCCAAGCCUUGUUUUCCUCACCUUUAAACAAGGAUAGGCUUUUGACAGUGCCUUCUUCACGAGCUUUUUGGGAGGAAAAUGCUUUGUGAACCCUUAAAGCAUUGUGUACAUGUGAGCUCUUUUCACACACAUCCCCUCAGAUCUGAACAAACUCCUAGAAAAUGUAUUGUUGUUCUCUUUCAUGUAUGUUCCUGGGUUAUUGCCUUAUUGUGCCAAAACACUGUGACUAACAGCGAGAUGGUCUGGGUGGUAACAGAAACUUUGGAGAGACAGCUGUACCUGCAGAAUUUUUUAUGGCUUUCUUUUCCUCCCCUCUUAAAAGUAGGUCAAGUUUAAAAGCUCAAUAUUAGUUCAGCUGGAGAAGAAGGGAGAAAAACCUUGCUUUAGGAAAAGGAUCCAUUUACUAUAAGUAACCUUAAAUCUUUGCACUUUGAAGGAUUGAAAUUUAGUGGUCGUUUUGUUUUUUUACUUUUGCUAAAUGUAUAGCACCUAUUCCUUUUGCAAUGCAUUUAGUGUAUUAACCAAACCAUGCCAUAGUAAGAGCACGUUCAGCCUCAGGGACAAAGUUAUCAUGUAUCUAGUGUGUAUCUGCUUCUCUUGUCGGAUAGAAAGUGUAAAAGGGACACCUUCAGGAGCAUUAACUGCAAGGCUAAGCUUUAGCUGAUGCCCAGGGAUGCAAACAAGAAUAACCCUUUUGACUUGACAAGAACAUGAAGCACAGCCACUCACAUCUGUUGGACUGCAUCGUUUCAGGGUGUUCAAUGUGAAUGUAUAUUUUUCUAAACACACAUGUUGCCAAGAUAGCUAGCUUGGAGAGAGAAUGGAUUCUGGUGGGUUUAAUGAUUAAAUUGCUUGUGAUAACAUACUUAUUAUAACUGUUUGUCUUGGGUUUUGAUUCUUCUGCACUUAUUUCUGUUCAUAUUUCUUGGUUUACUUUUUAAGUCAUAAAUUCAGACUAAUCUGAAUAAUAAAAAUGUAUUUUGCCA